UUGAGAACAAUAACAGAAAAAAACAAAUCAUAUCACAUGCUUUUGUCAAAUGCACCAGGAAGACAACUUCUAAAAUCCUUGAGUUAUUAUUUCGCCUAACAUGGGAAAUUCUGAAAGUAUCCCGGAAAUUGUGAUUUAUGUAUGGGUACCACGAGAUGGAAAUAUAAUUGGUCACGCUUCUAUGACUCUAAGUGAUGAGACCCAUAUCAGUUGGUGGCCUGAUAAUAAGGAUGAAGAUGAAAUAAAAGACUUUAGGGAAAACGUUAGAGCAGAAACAGUUUGCAAUUAUGAGGUCGAUAAGAUUUGGCAAAACAGGGAUGCAGAUCACAUUAUAAGAUUCAGAAAAGGUGAUCUGGACGAAGACGACAUUAAAGAAUGGUGGGAUGACUUCAAAAGUAAUCGAACAUACCAUCUGUUGACUAAUAAUUGCUGUAAUGCUGUGUAUGAUGCUUUAAAUGCUGGAGGUGCAACUGACAUUGUGGGUGGUCAUCUGCCUAACAUACCACAUCCAAAUGCUGUAAGACGAUAUGCAGAAACGCUACGAGAGGCCGUGCAACAACGCAACCAUUAAAAACUAUCUAUAAAAUUAAACAAAUGAAACACUUUGAUAAUAAGUACAGAAAUAAGGGAAUUACAGAUAAACAUUUGGUACCUAUUGUAAAACAUAUAUUGAAUUAACAUAAAGAAACUCAUUAAACGAAA